AAAAGAGAGAUUAAAGUAGACCUAGCUGACUGUUCACUUUCUGAGUUAGAGGCACAGGUUGAAUCGGCAGGGACUGUUAUAAAAGCUUUAGAUUUCAGGCUCACAGCCAUCUGAGUGAGAAGAGACGGCAUCAAUGGAUCUGGCUGUGGCCCUGGUGCUCUGCCUCUGCUCUCUGCUUCUCCUCUCACUCUGGAAACAGAGCUCUGGGAAAGGGAAGCUCCCGCCGGGCCCCACUCCUCUCCCGAUUCUUGGAAACAUCCUACAGUUAGAUGUUAAAGACAUUGGCAAAUCCUUAAGCAAUCUCUCAAACACCUAUGGCCCUGUGUUCACAGUGUAUUUUGGCUUGAGGCCCACUGUUGUGUUGCAUGGAUAUGAAGCAGUGAAAGAAGCCCUAAUUGAUCGGGGAGAAGAGUUUUCUGGAAGAGGCAAUCUCCCAAUGUCUCAAAGAGUUAAUAAAGGAUAUGGAAUCCUCUUUAGCAAUGGGAAGAGAUGGAAGGAGAUCCGACGCUUCUCCCUCAUGACCUUGAGGAAUUUUGGGAUGGGGAAGAGGAGCAUUGAGGAUCGUGUUCAAGAGGAAGCCCGUUGCCUUGUGGAGGAGUUGAGAAAAACCAAUGGGUCACCCUGUGAUCCCACUUUCAUCCUGGGCUGUGCUCCCUGCAACGUGAUCUGCUCCAUUAUUUUCCAAAAUCGGUUUGAUUAUAGAGAUCAGAAUUUUCUUAAUUUGCUAGACAAAUUUAAUGAAAGUCUCCAGAUUAUGAGCUCCCCAUGGAUACAGGUCUGCAACAGUUUCCCUAUUCUCAUCGACUAUUUCCCAGGGAGUCAUAACAAAGUACUUAAAAAUUUUGCUUAUAUAAAAAGCUAUGUUUUGGAGAAAGUAAAAGAACAUCAAGCAACUCUGGACAUUAACAAUCCUCGGGACUUCAUUGAUUGUUUCCUGAUCAAAAUGGAACAGGAAAAGCACAAUCAAGAGAUGGAGUUUACUUUUGAAAACUUGAUAGCAACUGUGACUGAUUUGUUUGGAGCUGGGACAGAGACAACAAGCACCACGCUGAGAUAUGGGCUCCUCCUGCUGCUGAAGCACCCAGAGGUCACAGCUAAAGUCCAGGAAGAGAUUGACCGUGUGAUUGGCAGACACCGGAGCCCCUGCAUGCAGGACAGGAGCCACAUGCCCUACAUGGAUGCUGUGGUGCAUGAGAUCCAGAGAUACACUGACCUUGUCCCCACCAACCUGCCCCAUGCGGUGACCCGUGACAUUAAAUUCAGAAACUACCUCAUCCCCAAGGGCAUGACUAUAGUGACAUCACUGAGUUCUGUGCUACAUGAUGACAAAGAAUUCCCCAACCCAGAGGUAUUUGACCCUGCCCAUUUUCUGGAUGAAAGUGGCAACUUUAAGAAGAGUGACUACUUCAUGGCUUUCUCAGCAGGAAAACGAAAUUGUGUGGGAGAAGGCCUGGCCAUUAUGGAGCUGUUUUUAUUUUUGACCACCAUUUUACAGAAAUUUACCCUGGAAUCUGUGGUUGACCCAAAGGACCUCGACACCACCCCGGUUUCUAGUGGGUUUGGCCAUGUGCCACCCCUGUACCAGCUCUGCUUCAUUCCUGUGUGACGCAGGGCAGUCCAUCGGCUGCUGCUGUGCUGUUGUCUGUAAUUAACUCUCCUCUGGGGCAUCACUCCCCUCCUUCUUACUACCAGGGAUACUCUUCUGACCACCCAUCUCAUACCACCACAAUUUUCUCCAGUGAAUAUCCAACUUCUAUGUGAAUAUCCGGUAAAUAUCCAACUUCAAUGAAAGGAAAGUCUCCUGAGUUUUACUGCACAAAUAUAUUUGCUGUCUUCAUAUUCUGUAACACUUAUACUGACUGCCACAUAUGCUAAUACUUAAGAGUCAGUACUGUAUUAUCACUGUAAAACAGAGUGGAAUGGUUGGUAUAAGCCAACACAUAGCCAUUUGCUCUCCAGAUGUUCUAAAUAAAAAGCAGCAGUAUUUGCUGA